AUGAAGCUCUCUUGUUUCUGCUGCCUGUUUAAUAAGCAUAGAAAGAAACAUGCAUCCUGGGUUUUCCCUUCUGCUGCCGUAAGGCUGCUGACUGAGGUGUUUACAUCAGGAAAGGAAACCCCAAGUGCGGAAUCCUGCAGGCAGCCGCUCUGCUCUCACCGCAGAAGGCAUUCGGCUUUCAGGGCGUUGCAGGCAGUGAAGGUGUCUACAGAAUUCCAUCACCAAGAGCCUGUCGUGGGCACAACUCACGGUUUCCUUUUUGGAGCCCUUGCUGAAUUGCUGGACAACGCAAGAGACGCAGGGGCUACAAGAAUUGAUGUGUUUUCAGUGGAUAAUGAAAAACUGCAGGGUGGAUUCCUGUUGUGCUUCCUGGAUGAUGGAUGUGGCCUGAGCCCUGAGGAAGCUUCACACAUAAUUAACUUCGGAACACACAAGAAACACUUGCCCACCUCGAAGUUCAUUGGGCAAUAUGGCAAUGGUCUUAAAAGUGGGUCCAUGAGAAUUGGAAAAGAUUUUAUUCUUUUUACGAAGAAGGAAGAAACAAUGACCUGCGUGCUUUUUUCUCAGACGUUCUGUGAAGAAGAAAGUCUGAGUGAGGUUGUAGUUCCAAUGCCUUCAUGGUUAACAAGAACCAAAGAAUCUAUCAGAGAUGAUCCCCAAAAAUUCUCAACAGAACUGUCCAUAAUUUAUAAACAUUCUCCAUUUCAAAACGAAGCCGAAUUGAUGCAGCAGUUUGGUGUGAUCUAUGGAACGUGCGGUACUUUGCUGGUUAUUUAUAACUUGAAGCUUCUACUUAGUGGAGAACCAGAGUUGGAUGUUAAAACUGACAAGGAAGAUAUUCUGAUGGCUGGGGCUCUUGAAGGUUUUACAGAGACGUGGUCCUUUAGAGCGUACACAUCUGUCCUGUAUUUUGACCCUUCUAUGAAAAUAUUCAUUCAAGCCAAAAAAGUUCAAACAAAACACCUGUGCUAUUGCCUCUACAGACCUAGAAAGUAUUUGCAUGCUGCAUCUUCUUUUAAAGGAACACUUAAAAACGAAGUUAAAAAGGCACAGGAAGCAGUGAAGACUGCUGAACUCAUACUGAAAGAAGCCCAAAUCAAAGUGAAUCAGCCUGGCAGAACCGCCUCCUCCUCUGCCCAGGAUAUAUUAGAGAGAGCUUUGGAAGAUGUAGAAGCAAAGCAUAAGACUCUUAAGGAGAAACAAAGAGAAUUAAAAAAAGCAAAAACACUCUCGCUGAUCUUCGGAGUGAACAUAGAAAAUCCAAGCCAAGAUGGAAUGUUCCUUUACAGUAACAACCGUUUGAUCAAAAUGCAUGAGAAAGUGGGCCCACAGCUGAAGUGGAAGUCCUUACUUGGGACAGGUGUGGUUGGAAUUGCUAACAUACCCUUGGAGAUCAUGGAACCAUCCCAUAAUAAACAAGAAUUUCUCAACACCCAAGAGUAUAAUCAUCUACUGAGAGUCAUGGGACAGUACGUGGUCCAGUACUGCAAGGACACUGGGAUCAGUAAUAGAAAUCUAACAUUAUUUUGGAAUGAGUUUGGGUACCAGAAUAAUAAGGAUGUGGAGAAAUCUUUAGAUUCUAUUCCAUACCAGCGAAGACAAGCCAUGGAUAUCCCACUCAUCAGACAGUGUGAUCUCUGCCUUAAAUGGAGAGUUUUGCCUUCCUCUACUAAUUAUCAGAAAAAAGAAUUUCUCGACACUUGGAUUUGUGCUGAUAAUCCUAACCGCUUGGAUAACAGCUGUCAUGGUAUCGAACGUCUACCUAACAUCCCUCUGGGCACCUUGAACACAGUAUCACUAUCAAGAAGUGAGAAAGAGAAGCAACUUAGAGAGUCGAUCCAGAGGUAUCAAAAUAAACUUUUGGAACAGCAGGCACAGGUGAGCUCAUUACAAAUAACCCAGCUCCCAAACAAUAAAACAUACUUUUCAUUCUUUAAGGAAUAUUCCAAAACUCAAAAAAUCGGGCCUCCUUCAGAUGAUAAUUUAAGGCAUGAAUCGCUUUCAUCCUCUGAGCUUUCACUUGACCAAAGAAGCCAGAAAAGAAACACAGACGGAGCAGAUUCUGAUAUAGAGUUUGUUUCAGAGACUAAAGUUACAAAGAAAUCUACGCAGAAGAAAUUGAAAUCCUGUGAACAGAGACCUGCAGCAACUCUGCCAAGAAACAUCAAACCAGCUGAGAUAGCCCAGGUUUUGGAUAAAAACGAUGCUGAUGUCUCAUUAGAGAAAGAGAAAAAGGACGCGCCUCUCAUAAACAAAGAAAAACAAAAGCUGUGCAGUGUUACUGCAGCAACAAAAAGAAACUCUUCAUCACCUAACCUCCGAAGCUUGCCCAGUGAGCCUAUGGAAGAGUUCAGUAUCAGUUCUGGACACGAAGCGAGGGACUCUGCGAGUGGCUGCAGUAAAAAUGCUCCUUUGCCGACAACAUCUUCUCAAAACACAUCGGUCAAGGAAACCGUGAGAAAACUGGUAUCUAUUUUAAGGGAGAUUCUUCUGUAUUUUGCCCCUAAGGAUCUGCCGUCAUCAGAAUUUAACUGCACAACUGUGGAAGAAUUGAUAGCAAAUAUUGAGCAGACGCAAUCUCCAGAGCAGACAAACCAAAAGCUGAAACUUUGUUUCAACCAGAUCCAGAGUGUUUAUAUGGUUCAGUAUGAAAAAAACAUGAAGAAGAAAAUACAAUCCAUUAUCUAUGAUGGCAGUAGAAGAGCAAUACUUAAUGAAGUCUCUCUGUUGCAUUGUGAACAAAAAAGAAAACUUACUGAAGAUAAACUGAACAAUCUUCAUGCAAAAAUGGCAGCAUUGCUGCAGAAACUGGGCUGCCCCGCAGGAGACCCGGAGCAGAUGGAUGCCUACUUAGAAGGGCUGCUUGAAGGCCACACACUCCUUUUCCAAAAUACUGAGCAGUGACCACAGAGGCGGGCCACACCCUCCCUGUAGAGAACAAGGGCAGAACGUCUAAAAUUAAACCUUAGGGAAGCUGUUCUCUUUUUAAAAAUGCUAAUCCGAACAUCAGAAGAUUUUUCUCAAAAUCCUUUCGUCAUUGCUAUUGUAAAAUUUGCCAGGUUAAUUCUAAAAAAAAAAAAAAUGUACACUUUAGGUAUGGUGACUGAUUGAAAAUUUACAAUUUAUUUUCUAACUAUUCUAAAAGUUUCCAUAAUUAUUUUCUUGCUUCUAUUUCUGUUCUCUCAGAAAUAAUUUCUCAAAUUUUCUAAUUUGUGUGUGUGUUACUAAGAAAAAUGCAAAUGUCAUUUUAGUUUAAAUUUUGCUUUAACUUAAAUAAUUUUUAAAACUUGAAGAUAGUGCUUUUCAAAAUCAAUAUAUAAAGAACUAGAAAAUCAGCUCCUUUUGUUGAAAAGGAAAACAGUAUGUCCUUGCUUUACUAUAGUUUUAUACUCAACAAAACAGAAAAUGUAAGGACCUGGGUAUAAUUCCAGCACAGAAACAGUGCCUCAGUCUAGCCCAUCCUGGGUUACGAAGUGAGUUCAAGGCUAACCUAGACGACAUAGUGAGAGCCUAUCUAAAAGCAAGAAAAAGAAAGAAAAUACUAAUCCUUCAAAAACUUUGUGAUAUAGCUGAUACGUUAAUUUUAUUGUUAAAGAAAAACCUCUUAAACAUAAUACAUAUUUAUAACUAUAUUUUAAUAUUUAUACAUGUGUGAGAAAUCACUUUAUAUUUACCUGAAUAACUGAUUGUUUUCUUUGGAAAUGUUUGCAACCUUGAACUAAAACAGUAAAACAUUUAAUAAUGAGUGAAUUGUAUAAUUUUGUGAUAUGUAGAUGUUUAAUAAA